CUUCCGCCGCCAGCACCUGAACCUACUUAUUUAAUCCUCCCCGCCCAUCUGCAUCCCCGAUUCCAUUUCUUCCGUUUUCACCAUCUCUCUCCAUCGCCAUCAUCGCAGGAGUGUUCAUCCACGCACAUAUCAUUCCCGCCACUCGAUUCUAGUCAUUCCGCUUCAUCCAUCAACAGUCCAUUCGUCUACUGCACAACCGCCAUCAUGCAGAUUUUCGUCAAGACUUUGACUGGCAAGACCAUCACCCUCGAGGUCGAGUCGUCGGAUACCAUCGACAAUGUUAAGCAAAAGAUUCAGGACAAGGAGGGCAUUCCCCCCGACCAGCAGCGCUUGAUUUUCGCCGGCAAGCAGUUGGAGGAUGGCCGCACCCUUUCCGACUACAACAUCCAGAAGGAGUCUACCCUCCACCUUGUCCUCCGCCUGCGCGGUGGUAUGCAAAUCUUCGUCAAGACUCUUACCGGCAAGACCAUCACCCUUGAGGUGGAAUCGUCCGACACUAUCGACAAUGUCAAGCAGAAGAUCCAAGACAAGGAGGGCAUUCCUCCCGAUCAGCAGCGUCUCAUUUUCGCCGGCAAGCAGCUUGAAGACGGCCGCACUCUGAGCGACUACAACAUUCAGAAGGAGUCUACCCUCCAUCUCGUUCUCCGUCUGCGCGGUGGUAUGCAAAUCUUCGUUAAGACGCUUACCGGCAAGACGAUUACUCUCGAGGUUGAAUCUUCCGACACCAUCGACAACGUGAAGCAAAAGAUUCAGGACAAGGAGGGUAUCCCACCUGAUCAGCAGCGUCUCAUUUUCGCUGGAAAGCAGCUCGAGGAUGGUCGCACCCUUUCCGACUACAACAUUCAGAAGGAGAGCACCCUGCACUUGGUGCUCCGUCUUCGUGGUGGUAUGCAGAUUUUCGUCAAGACCCUGACGGGCAAGACGAUUACGCUGGAAGUCGAGUCCUCGGAUACGAUUGACAACGUGAAGCAAAAGAUCCAGGAUAAGGAGGGUAUUCCGCCUGACCAGCAGCGCCUGAUCUUUGCUGGUAAGCAAUUGGAGGAUGGUCGGACCCUCUCUGAUUACAACAUUCAGAAGGAGAGCACUCUUCACUUGGUGCUGCGUCUCCGUGGCGGCCAGUAAGCGGCUUGUCGUCUUUGUUUCUGAUUCUUGAUGACGAGGAAGGGUUCAUUUGGGCGUUCAGCGUUUAUUGGGUUACUUAUUGCGCCAUGGGUUGGGAAAUGAUGACAACCAUGAAACAGGGCAUAUCUAGCCGGAAUUUAAUGGCACACGCUUCAUACAUACAGCGAUGCCAUAAUAAAGACUAUAUUUACGGUCUCAAACUU